CCCAGAUACUGUGAAGGUUUACUGACACACAUAAAGCCACAGAGCCGGCUGCCUCAGACAGAGGAAGGAUUGUCAUGGGGAAGACAGGUGGAAGAGGAGACUUUGAAUGGGUCUACAAUGACCAGCCACACACUUCAAGAAGAAAAGAAAUCCUGGCCAAAUAUCCAGAGAUCAAGUCCCUGAUGGGUCCGGAUCCCCAGCUGAAGUGGGUGGUAUCGGGCAUGGUCCUGACCCAGCUCCUGGCCUGCUACCUGGUCCACGAACUCUCCUGGAAGUGGGUCUUCUUCUGGGCUUACGGCUUCGGAGGCUGCAUUAACCACUCCCUGACUCUGGCCAUCCACGACAUCUCGCACAACGUGGCCUUCGGCAACAAGCUGGCGAAGUGGAACCGCUGGUUUGCCAUGUGGGCCAACCUUCCCAUCGGGCUGCCAUACUCUGCUUCCUUUAAGAAGUACCACGUCGACCACCAUCGGUAUCUCGGUGGCGACCAGCUGGACGUUGACAUCCCUACGGACGCUGAGGGAUGGUUCUUCUGCACCCCGGCAAGGAAGGUCCUCUGGCUCUUUCUCCAGCCCUUCUUCUACGCCCUUCGCCCGUUGUUGGUCAAUCCCAAACCGGUGGGUCAGCUCGAGAUCCUCAAUGCAGCAGUUCAGAUCACAGUAGACUUUAUUAUCUACUAUCUAUGGGGACUGAAGCCCAUUGUUUACCUCAUUGCCGGUUCUAUCCUGUGUAUGGGACUGCAUCCGAUCUCCGGACAUUUCAUUGCUGAGCAUUACAUGUUCCUGAAGGGACACGAGACCUAUUCUUACUAUGGACCACUGAACUUGAUCACCUUCAAUGUUGGGUAUCACAUGGAGCACCAUGACUUCCCGAGCAUACCUGGCAGUAAACUACCUCAGGUCAAGGAAAUCGCAGCAGAGUAUUACGACAACCUGCCUCAACACACCUCCUGGAUCCGGGUAUUAUGGGACUUUGUGUUCGACGACAGCAUCGGCCCAUUCGCCAGAAUCAAACGGGAGUACAAGCUGAAGAAGCAGGGAUAGAUCUGUGAUUGUUUCCCUUUGAACAGGAAUGUGAAAUUUAGUCUAUGGACCAUAUUAUUAUAUUCUCUAGUUUAAAUGUUUUCCCCCCCUCAUGAAGUGUGUGUGGUUGUCACUGUUCGUAAGCAUGCUUGAGUUACUAUAUGGCAAAUAAAUGUGCACAUUUCAGCUGCACACAGUGCAUAAAAAUAAGAAGAGAA